UUUUCCUUAUCAUAGAGAAAACACUUGAAAAUCCAUUUAUCGAUCUAUUUAACCUUCAACGUAAAGCGAUAUCGUAUACGCAAACUGUGACUAAUGCAAAUACUUAAUUUGCACUUUCCGCUUUGGUUUUGAUAAUAUCUACGAUUGUUUUCCUAUUCAUUUUCAUGCGACCGUUGGUACUGAUUGUUCGUCUGUUCAAUUCAUAAGAGAAAAGAUGAUAUACUAUCUGUUGACAAAAGUUUUGCACCUUCUUCUGCUGGUGCAUUCGGAAACCAUUGAGACCAAUGCUGCGGAAGGCGUACUUCAAUGUAAUUUGUGUGUAGAUCGUUUCAAUUGGACUCGCUGUGAUGGAGCAGCGCAACUCAGAACAUGCUCAGAUCAGCUCGUACGACAAACACACGAUUAUUUGGCGGAGUACAAUCCGAGAUUGAAAGACACUGGCGCAAGUGAACCCGUUUCCCGACAGUUUCGUUGCUUUCGGUUGAAGUUGGAAAUAGACGUCUCCUCGGUGAAUGUGUUCAUCAGAGGCUGCACCUAUGAUGACACGGAUAUUUGCAAUGGUUGGAGCGCUAAUGGCGCCAAAGCUAUCAAUUGUGCAACAUGUUCUACAGAGGUAUGCGAACGGAACGCUACCUGGGAUGUACUGCCGAUGAGUACAACUACCGUGGGUUCUACAACUUCGACAACACCAGUAGCAAUUGUGACGACGACAACCGUGAGCACAACAGUGCGAAGCUCAUCAACAGAACAGAUUACUAGAACUCCUUAUAUCACUACGACGUCAACGACUACUCCAAGCGAGUUAUCUACUACGCCUGCUAGUUCUUCAACGUUUACCACUUCUUCCACCAGUAUAAUCAUUACGACUUCGCCAACAGCAAUCUCUACAGCAACGGAGAGUACAACCGAGAUGGAUGACGGACCAAACUCCACUGAAGUUCAGACGGGGGUACCCCAGGUUGAGUCAGCCUUCAACUGCACUGAAUGUGCCAGCGACGUAAGCUGGGAACACUGCUUGAACAGCAGUCAAACCACCCAGUGUACAACGGCAGGUGUCAACGAGAUUCAUUCCGUGCUGUUGAUGUUCAAUCCGAACUUACCCGUUGGCAAUUAUAUGGAGUUCAAGUGUUUCAAGGUCAAGGCCAGUUUCAGCGUUCCCAAACGCAAUGGAGUUGCGUAUGUCAUGGGGUGUACUUUUGCUUCCACAAGGUUUUGCGCACGUGGUGAAUGGCACAGUAAUGUAACAAUUUUGGAGUGUUCCAGGGCUAGCUUAUUGAUCGAUGGAAGCGUCAUUGGUUGGACUAUGGUUGUGUUUAUAAUGAUUGUUUUUCAAUUAAAAGUAAAUUAUUGAUGAAGAGAA